GGGGGAAGCUAAAGGAUAUUGGGCCUAAGGAGUGAAGUUUGGCGGCGCUGAGAAGAGAGGAUUUGGCAUUGCAGAGUGUAAGAGGGGAAGUUGAAAUCAGCGAUGGCGUACAUGAGCAUGGGAGAAGCGCACAGAAGGAUCACGGAGUUUCUGAAUCGCUUCUCCGACGCCGUUUCAUCCCAAGACGGACCUUCCUUCAAGUCCCUCUUCGCUCUCUCUUCCAAUUCCCCAUUCCUUCUCUCUCUCGCCGACGCUCUCAACCUCUUCCAAGACGCCACCAGACUCAUCAACCAAUCCGAUAACUAUUCUCACUUCGCCGACAUCCUCCUUCCUCUCUUCCGAUCCAUCCAAAACUACAGACAGGGCAACUUGCUCGAAGCAUACAACGCUUUCGAAAAAACCGCCAAUGCGUUUAUCCAGGAGUUUCGCAAUUGGGAAUCCGCUUGGGCUCUCGAAACUUUGUACGUCAUUGUUUACGAUAUUAGGGUUCUCGCCGAGAAGGCUGAUAGAGAAUUGGCUUCGAAUGGGAAAUCUCCGGAGAAGUUGAAAGGCGCUGGUUCUGUCCUUAUGAAAGUUUUUGGCACCCUUGCGGGGAAAGGCUCUAAGCGUGUUGGAGCGUUAUAUGUAACUUGUCAGUUAUUCAAGAUUUACUUUAAGCUUGGCACAGUUCACCUUUGCCGCAGUGUAAUAAGAAGCAUUGAAACUGCACGGAUAUUUGAUUUUGAGGAAUUUCCCAAAAGAGACAAGGUCACUUACAUGUACUAUACUGGUCGUCUCGAAGUUUUCAAUGAAAAUUUUCCUUCUGCUGAUUAUAAAUUAUCAUAUGCUCUGAAUCAUUGCAACCCUCAAAGUGAAGCCAAUAUAAGGAUGAUUCUUAAACAUCUAAUUCCAGUGAAGCUUUCAAUAGGCAUAUUACCUAAACAUAGUCUCCUGGAGAAGUACAAUCUACUUGAGUAUAGUAAUAUUGUACAAGCUCUAAGAAGGGGUGAUCUUCGACUUCUUCGGGGUGCUCUCCAAGAUCACGAGGACAGGUUCUUGAGAUCAGGUGUAUAUCUUGUCCUUGAAAAGUUAGAACUCCAAGUAUACCAGAGAUUAGUAAAGAAGAUUUACAACAUUCAAAGGCAGAAGGACCCAAGCAAAGCUCAUCAGGUGAAGUUGGAAGUUAUUGUUAAAGCAAUGAAAUGGCUUGAAAUUGAUAUGGACGUGGAUGAGGUAGAGUGUAUAAUGGCCAUACUGAUUUAUAAGAAUCUUAUGAAAGGUUACUUUGCCCACAAAAGCAAAGUGGUUGUAUUGAGCAAGACCGACCCUUUCCCCAAGUUAAAUGGAAAACCUGUCGGUUCUUAGGGACAGCGUCAUUCAUGAUACUGAAAUUUAGAGGGGCAAAGGAAAGCAUGGUAAUGACUGGAUGAUUUUGUGACAGUUUUUUCAGCCGUGAGUUUAUUGUGUAGAAUGUUUGAGAGUUCUCCCGAACACGUGGUCUUCAAAAUAUCACAGCACUGCUUCGGUUUUAAAGCAAGCUACAUUAUCUUGUUUAGACGAUGCUAACUCUUGCAAAUUGGGUAGUAGUUUAGGUUCCACUUGUGUUGUAUGCCGCAAAGAUGCUACCAUUGGAAAUAACCUGUUGAAGAUACUGACCUCAUUGCAAUAACCUGAUUCUUUUAGGCUGUGGCUACGGAUCCAAGGCUAUGUUGGACAUACAAUUGUGAAUUGUGAAUUUGCGAUGUAUGUGUAUCUUGUGUUUUUGCUUUCGACUCUACAUUAACAUUCUUGUUUAUCGGUACCAGCCUUUUUUAUUUGUCUAAAUAAUUUCCCUGUUUCUUAUUAGUUUGAUAAAUUAUUUAGAAGUGUAUUUUUGUGAA